GAGACGUUGCUAUUUAGUUUGAUGGCGUCUCAGACGUGCGCGACACAAGUAUAUGCAUGAUGUCCGCGGGGCUGUUCUCUGAAGCAGCUGAUGUAGAUUAAAUACAGCUAUGAGACGCACAUCUGAAGAGUUCCUCGCCUGGCUCUUUAGCUUCGCGUGCUUGAUCUAUAUACUACGUAGCAUCAAGCAUGUCUUACUGCCAUCGGGCGGGUUCUGGAGAAGCCCAUUCGUCAUUUUCUCAGCUGGAGCACUCUUCGCCGUCGCAUGGAUCGCGGUUGCUAUCAUCUGCUCCGUGCUCUUCCUCACGGAACGAUGCCAUCCCGCGGGUGAAGCCACGGAGGGCGAGGAGGCGGCAGCGGCGGGCACCCCUGCAGCUCGGGGGGGCCGGCGGGGCGCAGGCGGAGUGCCGCGACGGCCCUUCCUGCUGCGGCGGCGGGGAAGCGCUGCCUGGGGCGGUGCCGAGGGCGGCUCUGCCCAGCAGCAGCAGCAGCCGCUGCAGCUGGUGUCAACGCACCCGGGGGCGGUACGACAGGGCUGCUUCACGGGGCCCCUGUGGGUAGUCCCCGGGGCCCUGUGGCCCCCCGGCGGCGACCACCCCGGCGGCGACCACCCCAUGCUGCUGCAGCACUGGCCGCCGCCCACACACGGCCCCGCAGCCAUCGCACGCAAGUACCAUGCCACGCUGCUGCUGCUGCAGGGGGGAGGAGAAGCAGCCGGAACCCCGGCGCAGGGCGGAACAGCACCCGCAAAGGGACAUUCCAGCUCCAGCCAGGGCGAUAACGGCAGCAACGCUGCUAUUAACGGUGGUAGCGCCCAAAGCACGGGAGCGGUGUUGGUUCUGGUUCCGGAGCGAGGCGGCAGCAGUGGCAGUGGCAGUGGGGGCAACGUGCGGCAGCAGGGCAAGGCGGGAGGCGGUGGGGGUGGUGGUGCUGCUGCUGCGGGUGGUGGUGGUGGUGGUGGUUCGCAGGUGGUGGUCUGGCUGGAGGGGGCGACGGUGGACCUGAUGCCGGAGGUGCUGGGGAACAGCUCCCCCUGGACCCGGCGCUGCCCGCUGCACCUGCACCACCCGGGCGGGCGGCCGCUGCUGGCGGGGGAGCGGUCGCUGUUCCUGUUCGCGGAGUCAGGUGCGGCCAAGGAGCAGUGGUACGCCGCCCUGGCUGCCGCGGUGGCCCCCCGGGGGCUGCUGGCCAGCUCGCUGCGGCUGUACGGGGACUACUGCCGCCACAUGGCGGGCCUGCAGGUGGUGCCGCCUGCUCCCCAGGCGGCCGGCUCGCCCCUCCCACUGCAGCCCCUGCCGGCGUCGGCCUGGCAGCUACCACAGCAGCUACCACAGCAGCAGUCCACCGACACACCAGCAACCAGCAUGACUGCGGGCUCCAAGGCACCACAACAACAGCAGCAGCUGCAGCAGUCCCAGUCAGGGUCCGCCGGUGGCAAGGGCGGCGCGGCAACAACAACAUCGUCCACACCACCACCAGCGCCCCAGCAGCCCCCCCAGCCAGGCAAGAAGGCGGCCAGCGGUGUGUCCAAGGAGCGGCAGCGGCCCUCGGGGGCAGCCGGCAGGCAGCUGCAGACCCCAGCCGACCCGCCCGUCGGUGCACCCAGCCGACCUCGCGGCCGAAACCCCUUCGCCUUCAUCCUCAGUCGCUUCAGCCGCGGCCCCGCUGCAGGCAGCCGCGGCACUGCAGGCGCUGCGGCUGGAGUCGGCAGCGGCUCCGCGGUCACCUCCGCCCCAGCCUCCGGACCGCCCUCGUGCGUGCCCUCUGGCGUGGGCCUCAGCACCGCUGGCAGCAGCGCUGCCCCAACCGCUGUCAGCGCUGCCCCUACCGCGCAUGAGGGUGAGGGCGGGGGUGGGGGUGAGGGUGCUACUGGCGAUGUCACGCGGCAGGAGGCGCAGCAACAGAAGCAGCCGGGCGAGGGGCUGGCGGGCGCAGCAACAACAGCGGCAGUCCAGCCGGUGAUGGAGGCGCAGGAGCAAGGAGGCAAGGAGGAGGGCUCUCAGCAGCGGCAGCAGCAGGACCAGCAGCAGCAGCAGCAGCAUGAGCGGCAGCAGCGGGUGGUGCAGCUGGUGGAGUUCACCGCAGCUGCCGCUUCCGCCGGCUAUGAGGAGGAGGGGCUGCAGGGUACCUCAGGGGGGCGGCCGCAGGCGGAGGAAAAGGGCCUGCAGCAGCCUGACGGGCGACAACAUGAACAGCCAUCGCCUGAACAGCAGCAGCCGCACCGAUUGGAGAGUCCUGACUCGCGCGGCGUUUCGCAAAUGGCCGGGGAGCAGGAAGGCAGGGAUGCUCAGCUGCUGGAAGCGCGGCAGCAGCAGCAGCAUCAAGGAGCCUCUUCGCCCGCAGCAGCAGCAGCGCCCGCACCUGACCACCUGCCGCAGCAGACGCUUCCCCCAUCUCCACAGCCGUCACAGCCAUCACAGUCUACACACGCAGACCUAACGUCGCCGCCAGUCCCCAUGCCGCCUGCCGAGGAGCAUUGCGGCAUGCGACACCUCUUGUUGCUGACCAUUGAUGAUGAUGAGGCUGACAGCCGGGGCGGCGGCAGCAGCCGGGCGGCUGACGACGGUGCGGCGGGACUUAGUCUCGUGCGACCCACGGGUCAGCUGUCACAACCGCAGCCGCAGCCUCAGCCGAGCUUCACCAUGUGGGCCACAUCCCAGCUCGGGGCGGCAGAGGCGGAACCGUUGGAAGCGGCAGCAGUCUGCUGGGACGCUGCGGUGUCGUCACCUGCGGAUGCAGGCCAAGGUGCACGUCCGGCAGCAGCGACAACAGCAACAACGACUGCAACAACAGCAGCAGCAACGCCACCAGAGACCGGCGUGGGUAUCGCGCAUCAGAAGGUUGACGUCCCUUUUACCUCACCCAGCGCCUCACCCCAGCCGCUGCCUCAACCCAUCCCAACAUCGUCGCCGAGGGUGAUAUUAACAGCAGCGACCCACGGGUCUGUCGCACCUCAUCCGCUGGCUGACACAGAUGAUGACGUGGCCCCGUCUACCUUCGCUGCUGCGGCUGACUCCGUUGCCGCCGCUGCUGUAGCUGGUGCUGCUGGUGCCGGCGAUUCUACUACGCAGCAGCCCUCCCCGUCCCCAGCCUCCUCUCCUCCUCUGCUGGUCCAGCAGUCAAGGCACUCGGGCAGCAUGCCAAACCUCUGGGAUGCCGCCCGGACUGCUGCACUGGGGGAGGAAGCGGGCACGGAUCAGCCGCUCAUGGCGCCUCCCGGACCACUACUGGAUCCCCUGGUAACACCUCUGUCCCGAGCAGAAGGGCGUGAGGAGGAAGAGGAGGGUCCUCGGCCGCACCCGGCCCCUCCUCUGCAGCAGCAGCACCCACAGCAGCAGCAGCAGCAACACCCAGCCACCGCGGCAGCCGCUCACAGGAGUCCUCCGGAACCCCGGGAGAUCGAGAUGCGGGAGCGGCAUGCGGUGGCUGCUGGUGGCGCUGGUGGUGGUGGCGCUGCUGCUAGGGGCGCUGCUGAUGCCGUUGCUGCUGCUGAUGUCGUUGCUGGUGGUGGCGGGGCUGCUGCUGGUGGUGGUGGUGCUGCUGGUGGCGGGACUGCUGGUGGCUCCCAGCCGGGUUCCAAGAGUGCGCCCGCCAGCCUGACCCGGCAGGAGCUGCGGCGCAUGCAGCGGGAGGAGCAGGAGCGGAUGAAGCAGGAGCAGCAGCGCGCCAAAGCGGCUGCCAAGGCGGCGGAGGAGGCGAGGCGGGCGGAGGAGCGGGCGGCACGGGAUCGAGCCCGGGCUGAGGCGCAGCAGCGGCGGCAGGAGGAGGAGGCGCGAGUACGGGCGGCGAGGGAGCGGGAGCGCUCGCAAAAGCAAAUGCGGUCCGCCAAGUCCAUGCAAGACCUGUCAACGGCUGCUGCAGCGGCGGCGGCAGCGCCAAGUACAGCAGCAGCAGCCGCCGGCGCCGCUACGGUCGGAACAGCACCGUCGACGCCGCCAGCCUCACGCGCUUCGUCUUCCGGAGGUGCGGGAGGCGGCCCGGCUGUGGCGGCGGCAGCUGCUGCCGAUGGCACUGGUGCGGGUGCUGCUGCUGGCCCGCCAGCUAUUCCGCUACAGGGGUCGAUAGGGUUAGCGGCGACGGCGAGGGGGCUUGAAGGGGUCGACAAGGCAGCCACCUUGGCUGCUGCUGCUGCUGCUGCUGCUGCGGAGGCGGCACCGCAGCCGCCUGUGCUGCCGACCAACAUACCGGUACCCCCGGCCUCCGCACCACCCGGUGCCCUCGUGGAGCUGCUGCACGGCCUCAACGCGGUGCUCAUGCGGGUGGGCUUCGAGCUGCUGCGCCGCGCCGGCUUCCAGGGCUGGCUCCGAAACCUCAUCCAGGAGCAGCUAGACCGAGUGGGCCGGCCCGGCUUCCUGCACGGCCUCACUCUGCGGCGGUUCGAUCUGGGCUGUACGGCACCGCAGCUCCGGGACGUGCGCGCCGUGGCGGGUCCAUUCAACGCCGGUCCUGGCAGCCCUGCCUGGCCGCAGCUGGCUCUACAGAUCGUGUGGGUGGGCCACGCCAGCGCCAUCAUCGCCACCAAAAUCGACUUCGACCACUCCUCCGCGGCGGCGGCGGCAGCGGAAGUCGCAGCGGCGGCGGCAGCGGAGGCAACCGGGGCGCCACCACCCAAGACAGAGGCAGCAGCGGCUGCAGCGGCGGCGGAAGCCCGUGCAACACCCAGCGCCGAAGCUCCAGCCAGCCAGCUUCCACCAACCACGACACCACGGCAUUCCAAUGGGGGCGAGCAACAGGGGACAGCUGAAGACGUCGCGGACGCUGCUGCUGCUGCUGCUCCCGCCGUCGCUGCGGCAGCGGUGGCGGCGGCACCGUCCGGCCUGGGUAACAACUCAAAUUCAAAUACGAAGCACCACCAGCACCACCAGCAGCAACAACAGGAUAGUAUCCCAGUCUCUGGGGAACCCCCGGCGUCCCAGGCGGUGAGCCCCGCCACCCGGCCGCUGCUAGCAUGCGAAGUCAGCGGUGGCGGCCAGGAGGCCGAGGGUGGCGGGGGUGAAGCAACCUCCGCUACUGCUGCUGCUGCUGCUCCAGCAUCGGGGACGGCCGAAGCGUCUGCGCCGGCAACCGACAACGCCGCCACCAACACCACAGCUAGCGGCGGUACAGCACCGGCAAGUGCCCCAUGUGGCGGCAGUACCAGCGCUAGCGGCGGCGGUGGCGGCAGCACAGGCGCUAGCGCUAGCGGCGGUGGCGGUGGUGGCGGGCGGUUCUGGUGGAACUUCGUUCCCUUCUUCUCCGUCAUCCGCCGCACCGGCCAGGCGCUGGCUGCCAACCUGGCCGGGCAGCUGAGCGGCACUCCGCUGGAGGCUGUGGCUCAGUUUCGCGGAGCCACCCCGGCUGGACUUCUCCGUCACGCCCGUGCUGGGCAGCCGCCGGCUGUCCGCGGGGCUGCUGGUGGGCAGCUUGUCAGCUUGGGUGCGGGCAAAGGUGGUCGCGGGGCUGUCCCGCGCCAUGGUGUUCCCCAACUGUGUGGACAUCCGCCUGCCGGGCAAUCUGCUGCUCUCACCCGACACGCCCCGAGAGGCGCUGCGCAACUUCGCUCCACCGCCGCCCGCUCCCGCACAGCAGCCUCGUCCCUCCUCGGCUACGCCACAUGCCAAGUCCACUACCGCUACUGCCACUGCUACCGCCCCCGCUGGCAACGCUGCUGGUGCAGCUGAUGGGUUGCAAGGGGCGCCGCAACAGCGGCAAGGCCACCAGCAGCAGCAGCAGCAGCAGUCACACGCGACAUCCAGGCACACAGGUGCAGCGGCCCCAACGCAAGUCCCCUCUCAUGCGGCUCUCAGCGCGCAAGAACCGUACACCGCGUCGGCGGCCUUACCAGGCGACAUCGCUGCAGGCGGACUCGGACCCGGCAGACCCGCGGGUCGGCCCCCCCGCCAUCCACUCUCCACGUCGUCUGGCUACGCCACGCCGACAACCGCAGCGGCUCCCGGCGGGGGCAACGGAGGUCAUCAACGACUAGCGACGAUGUCCCCUACCUCCUCCUACGCAUCCCUCCUCGCCGCUGCCACCGCUAGCGUCCUGGGUGCGGUGAAUGGCGGCGGCGGCGGCACCGGCGGCGCUACUUCUGCUGCGUCUGCAGGCGCUGCGACGCCGCCGGCGGCGUCCGCUUUCUCCGCUGCGGCCCUGGCGACGGCGGCAAUGGGCCUGGGCGGGGUCGGCGGCGGCGGCAGCAGCAGCCUGCUUGAAAGCGCGCUGGGUCACAUGUUCCGUCGUACUUCUUCCCUUCUGGGCAGCAGCCCGGGCACCUUGUCACCCCUGGACGGCCUGUCUGACGCAAGUGGGGACGACGAGGGUGGGGAUGCUGUGCAUGGUGACCAUGAGGACGAGGAGGAGGAGGAGGAGGAGCAGGAGGAAGGAGAGUACGGCGAAGAGGGCUUUGCAGUAGAAUACGACCAUCACCAUCGCCACCACAACCACCACCACCAUCACCACCGCCAGCACCACCACCCAGGAGGUGAUGACUACGAUCAACCCGAGCAUGAAGUAUGGGAGGCGGCAGCGCGGCUGCAUCAACAGCAGCACGACGUACGGCAACAGUACGGCAGCGCUGACGGUGGGAGCGGCGCGGACGUGGACAUGCAAGCGGUGCUGCAGUCGCCACCGCUUUGGGAGCCGUACGACGCUUCAACUACCGGUACUAACGGUACUAACGGUAUUAACGGUAGCAUUGCCCAUUACGACCUCGCGCCGCCGGCUGCGAUCAGUGCCCAGCAGCAACCAACCGCCACACCUCGUGCAGGUGUGCAGCAGCCUGAGGCACUUCCGCAGGCAUCGGUGCAAGAAGUACCGGCACAGGAGGGUCCGGGGCAGGGCCGCGCAAAGCCCCCGCAGCAGCAGCAGC